AUGCAUCAGAGGACCCUGACUGGAGAAAAGCCGUACAAAUAUUCUGAAUGGGGCAAAACCUUUGGUCAGAACAACUCAGUUGUGGUUCAUGGAAGGACCCACAAAGGAAAGAAGCCCUACAAAUGCUCCCAAUGCGGUAAAUGCUUUAGCGAUCACAAUUCCAGCCUGGUGAAACACCAGAGGACUUACACAGGAGAGAGACUCUUUGAAUGUCCUGAUUGUGGGAGAAGUUUCAGUCAAAAUUCUCAUCUCGUUUCACACCGGAGGACUCACACAAGAGAGAAACCCUUUGAAUGUUCUGACUGUGGGAAAGAUCUCAGUAUUAGGUCCCAGAAAUUUCAGUGCACCAAGCAUGCCUGUUCAGAUUGUGUCAAGAAUGAGGCACAUUGGACGAAGAAAGAGGUGGUUGUUGUGAAAGAAGCGGGGACAGUGAGUAAAGGGCCUCUGAAGCAGGGGAAAUGGGACGGAGGUGCGGAGAGGCUGUGUCUUCUGGAACAGGGAAGGCAGCGCUCUGGCAGGCUGGAGAAGAGCCAGGAGGGAGCAGAGCAGCCGACAGCAUUCGGAAAAUUGUACGCACUUAUCAAUUCUAACCUCAUUAGCCACCAGAUGAUUCACACAGGCGAGAAACUCUGUAAAUGUCUUGAAUGUGGGAAUAGUUUCAGUCAGAAUUCUCAUCUCCUUGCACACCUGAGAACUCACACAGGAGGGAAACUCACAGGAGAGAAACCCUUUGAAUGUCCUGAUUGUAGGAAAAGUUUUAGUAACAAUUCCAACCUUAUUAACCACCAGAAGAUUCACACAGGAGAGAAACCCUUUGAAUGUCCUGACUGUGGAAAAAGUUUCAGUACCAAUUCCAGCCUUGUGAUACACCAGAGGACUCACACAGGAGUGAAACCCUUUAAAUGUCCUGAUUGUGGGAGAAGUUUCAGUCAUAAUUCCAGCCUGGUGAGACACCAGAGAACUCACACAGGAGAGAAACCUUAUGAGUGUCCAGACUGUGGGAAAGAUCUCAGUACUAGGGUUAACCUUCUAAAUCAUAUGCUUAUACACACAGGGGAGAAACCGUUUAAGUGCCCCAAGUGUGGACGGUCCUUCAGGAAACAUUCCGCCCUUAUUGCACACAAGAAAACCCACCUGAGACCCAAAGUGAUGAGUAUAGGGAAGGCAUAAAUUUCAUUUCUAAUGUCCCAUUAUAAGUCCAGCUGAGAAACUGACUUAUUUGACUGCAAAGAAUUUGCCUGAUUUUUUUUGUAGGCAAAUAUGUAAGAAGGAUGUGGUGGCU